AAUCUCUUUACCAAGUGCCUGUCUCCAUUUAUUUUACCGGGUAGAAGACAUCCUGUCAAAGAGGGGGGCAAGAAAGAUUUGCUGUGCACUCUCUUUGAGAGGGCAAGAGGGCAACAAGUGUCUCCUCCUGGGCUCAUCAACACGCGCUGGAGAUACUGGAAACAUGGCACAGGUUCCGAAAAAAACAUCAACUAUGUCCCUAACUAUAUCAUCAUGUUCCCGUGAAACAUCCUCCUCCUCUUCAUCAUCAUCUUCCUCAACAGUGCUUCAGCAGAGACACUCCACUUUAGUACAGCCUCUCUGCAUCAGUCCUCAAAUGGUUCAGAACACAAAUCAUGGUUCAGGAAAUGCUGGAGUUUCUCCAACAUAUGUCAAGCGUCUCCAUGACGUGAGCACCGUGAAGGGGCAGCUGGUGGUUCUGGAGUGCAGGAUCAGAGGAACUCCUCCACUGCACAUCUCCUGGUUCAGAGAGAAUGAGCAAAUCCUUGAUUCGGCAGACUUCCGUAUUCUUAGAAAGAAGGCAAGUUCAGCUUCUGUUCCUGAGGAAUUGUGCACCCUAGUGAUCACAGAGGCUUAUCCGGAAGAUUCUGGGAUAUUUAAAUGCACAGCAACGAAUCAGUUUGGAACUGCAACAUGUAGUGCCAUGCUUGAAAUAUAUACAGACCUAGAGGAGGUUUUCGGAGAUGAGGAUGAGGAUCCCUCUAUAAGCUCAGCUGGACUAGAGCAAGAUGAGCAUCCCUUGUUACUACAAGAAACACUAAUUCCUCCUCCAGAAUGGCCCGACAGUUCUGAGGAAGAGACUGCCACCCCUGCAGCACGGGUGCUGGAGUCUGGCAUCAAAAAGGUUGAGUCUCCUGCAGACACAGAAGGCAAAGAGAGUUCUGCCAGUCAGGUGACUGAAGCUACACAGCUCUCCUCAAUGAUUAAACUUGAUCCUCCACCGACGGGGGUUAAAAACAGUGUUCCACAUCCAUUCCUUUCCACCAGCAAGCUGAGUAAACCAGUGGAACCCAGAGCCAGUGCCAUGAAUGUGGCUGACCUGCCCACCUUCUCGCCAUCACUUUACCCCCCCAGCGCCUUUCAUUAUGAGCGUCCUCGUCAUUUCAUUCAGUCCCUGCCCAGUUAUCACACACCCGACAAUGAGAUCAACAAGCCGAACAAUCUCAGCUCCCCAGCUCCAACCGCUGCACAGUCGGUGAGCCCAACUCAGCCUGCAGCCACUCGCACAUCAAUGUGCUCCAGCAUGACUUUGAUUCCUAAAGCACAGCCUGCUCUGAACAGUGAGAACCUGUCGCCAGCAGCUUUCCUAUCAUCUGUCCUGCCUUCACUACCGAGCUCCCAGGCAAAAUGCAUUUCCAUACCUCAAUCGCCCUCUCCCAGGCGUUCCCCUCGAUCACACAGCCCAUCGCCAAAAGCCCAAGAACAACCCCUGUCUCCUCUAAGUCAGUCACUGAGUCCCGCUCCUUCAACUGUCCAGCCUCGGAUAUCUCCAAAUUCCCUGAAAGCACCUGCUCCACCUCAAAAGCCCCCACCUGUGUCUCAGAUUACCUACACACCCAACACCUUGCCAAAGCCGAUCUUGAAGAAGACUGUUUCCCGACCAGCGUCUCGUGCCACAGAUGAAGACAUUCAGGGCUCAAAAGAUGCUCUUAUCCAAGACCUUGAAAAGAAGCUACGAAAUAAAGUUCCCCAACAAAGGAACAUUCAGCAGAAGAUGUCUUAUGAGGAACGGAUGGCUAGAAGAUUGUUGGGUGCAGAUAGUGCUGCCUCAGUAUUUGAUCUUGAAAACUCCUUCAGUUCACAGCCUGAAGAGCCAGGGUCUCCAGAAGAUCACCACCCUGGAGGAAUAUGGUCCAGAAGAAAUCGUUCUGGAGGGGACAGUACAGAGACCACCCAAGAGAAGUGUUUUGCUCCUCGUUUUAUACAAGUGCCACAAGAUCUUACUGUUGAAGAGGGACGAUUCUGCAGGAUUGAUUUUAAGGUUGUUGGUUUGCCAACCCCAGAUAUUUCUUGGUAUCUGGAUGGGAAACCCAUCCGACCUGAUGAUUACCAUAAGAUGCUAGUGUGUGAGAAAAGUGUCCACUCCUUCAUUAUUGAGAUAGUGACCAUUCAUCAUGCUGGUGUAUAUGAAUGUGUUGCAAAGAACCGUGCUGGAGAGAGCCACUUCUCCGUGCGCUUGGAUGUGAUUGCUCAUGAACAGUUGUGUCCUCCCACAUUUGUGGUGAAGAUGAGGAACUCUCGAGCUCUGGAGGGAGACGGCGUCAGGCUCGAGUGUAAGGUGACUGCGUCUCCAACCCCGCAGCUGUACUGGAAGAAAGACAAGGAAAUGCUGCGGAUUGACCCCAUGAGAAUGAGUCUUUCUCAGGACAGUUCAGGAAAGCAGUGCCUGAUCAUCGAUCCGGUGAUAAAGUCUGACGCAGGCUGGUACACUGUAUCCGCCAUUAAUGAAGCGGGAAUGUCCACAUGCAAUGCCAGGCUGGAUGUGGCCACUCGAAUGAACAAGACUACCCCUCCUGCCAGAUCGAUGAAAAGCUUUCCCAUCGUAAGCCAGUUUUCCACGUUGAGCACCGAGCCUCGUCCUCGCCACACCGCCCCUCUGUACGAGAGUGAGGAACUGUAGACACUGAAGGGCAUCUGGAGACAUUAUGCAGGAUUUACUCUGUAAAUGACCCAGUUAGUGUAGUUGCUCCUUCUAUCAGUCAAAUUCACUUUAUCCAGUGCCUCUGAUGUUUUCCCAAGGAAUGAUUGGAAAAAGUUUACUAUUCCAGUGGAAUCAAUAGCCUCGUCCCAACACAUGACUUUACUGCUACACUAGUUCUGUUUGCUUGGUUAGAAAAAUCGAUGAUGACCAGUUUCAUGUAAAGCUACAUAUUUGUGAACCCCCUAUACAAGGAAACAUGUAUUUUGUUUCAGAUUUACAUAAAUUAGAAUAAUGCCUUGAUUUCUUUAUCAUCUGUAAUGUGUGUUGUUGAUGUAAUGUUUCUCAGCUGUGGAAGCUGAAUAUAGUGUGUGUGCAGCGUCGUCACUGAUACACUCUGACGUACACUAUUAUGUUAUAUGUUUUGAAAAGGAAAUUUUUGCUACUAGAACAAAGGAUAUGGUCAAAUAUAUUGAUUACAGUCCAGAACACAGAUAUCAUUUGUGUUAUACAUGUGACAUGGACAUUUGAGUAAACUUCUUUGUGAGAAUACUAUAAA